UGACAUGGUGCUCAGAGGCCAUUGUGACGCGGGUGCGUGUCAUGACCCUUGGGGCUGCCAAAGCCUGCAGUGGCCACUCCCAGGAGAGCAGCGCUCUGAGGAGGCAGCAGCUUCUCUGGAGGCAGCAGCUACCCUGGGUGAUUGUGGCCAGUGUUCAGCAGAGCACUCCACAAUGCCAGAAAAGCAGGAGGCAAAUGCCCAUGGCCAGCCCCGUGAGGGGCAGCCACUGCUGUACCGGCGGCGGCACCAGGUGACCCCCAGGCAGCCACAGGCGGCACCUCAGGUCACCUGGACGACCAUCACAGCCAUCCCUGGGGGUAGGCCCACUCUGUCCCUCAGACCCAUCCGGUCACGGAGCCCAACCUGGUCCUGCACACGCAGGGGCAGCCAGUACGGCGGGCACUCAGUGCCCCGCAGCAGUGUCACAGGGCCACAGAGAUUGUCCGUGUCGGACUUGCCGCCUCUCCAUGGCCCUCCGUUGACACUGGCCCCUCCACACCAGCUCAGUGGUCAAAGCUCAAGGGCAGCCACUGACUGCGUUAAGCUGCCCCCUCUGCCAGUGGCAGCAGCCUCUGGAUCCUCUCCCAGGGGCACAGCACGUGCUGUGGGAGCAGCCUGGGACAGUGUCAAGCUGCCCCCUCUGCCAGCAGCACCAGCAGCAGCCACUGCCUCUGGGUCUUCUCCCGGAGGCACAGCCCGUGCUGCGGGCCCCACGGCCAGGGGCCAGCCAGAGCAUAGAGAGGAGCUGGAGAAGGUGGAGGAAGAGAAAAUGUACACAGAGCUCUUUGAAGACAUCUUCUCUUCCAUGGGCAAUGAAGAAAGCCCCAUGGCGUCCAGCUGCGACCUCAGGGAUCCAUCAAGUGCCACCCUGGAACCAGCUGCAGACCCCUCAGUGCCCCACAGCACUUGCAGCCUGACCGAAGAGGCCACAGGAGAGGCACAAAACUACUCAGAGCUUGUGUCUCCUGAGCUGUUGGCAGACUUGGGGUCUGACUCUGAGGAUUCGCCAUCGCUGGAAACUCUUCUGAACGAGCUCCUGGAGAAGCGGGAGCAAGAAAAAGCAUCAGAAGAGUGGGACAGAGAGCUGGAGAGCCCAUUGUCCAUCCCACCGCGAGACGAAGAGUUAGAGCCGGCACCUACUCCUCCGGACAGCGACCUCAGCGACCAGGGGCACAGCGAGCCCCUCCCCAGGGCGCUGCCCGGAGACCCAAAGGGGUUCGGGGUUUGCGCCUCGCCUGCCGAUGCCGCGGAGGAGGCCAGAAAAGCCCUGUGGGGAUGA